CGUGCGAGUGUGCAGCGGUCCCGAGAGCUGCUGCGAGAGACCGGCGUGGCUUGGAGUGCGCGCGAAGUUAGGUCAGUGUUACCACCCCCCCGUUCAUCCCCUUCGUCAUCGUUGUCGUCGCCCACGGCGGGCACCGCUUGGGAACGUCGGCACCCGGGAUUCCCCGUCUCCGACCGAAAUCAUCGGGUUUGCCGGGCGCCCCGACGCUACGUGGUUCCCGAUACGUGAUUUGCGUGGCCGAAAGAGGGUACAAAGGGGCCGGACGUGUCGUUCACGGUGGAGGAAUCGGGGGACCAUGAUGCCCCCCAUAAUCGGGGAAACGCUGCGCGUAUGGUUCCUCUCGGCGCUGGUCGUUCACGGAGCCGUUGCCGGGAAUCCGGACGCGAAACGCCUCUACGACGAUCUGCUGUCCAACUACAACAAACUCGUGCGUCCCGUGGUGAACACCUCGGACGUGCUGCGCGUAUGCAUCAAGCUUAAGCUCUCGCAGCUCAUCGAUGUGAAUUUGAAAAACCAGAUCAUGACGACAAACCUCUGGGUCGAACAGUCAUGGUACGACUACAAACUGCGGUGGGAGCCGAAGGAGUACGGUGGAGUUCACAUGUUACACGUGCCGUCCGAUCACAUAUGGCGGCCCGACAUAGUUCUCUACAACAACGCGGACGGCAACUUCGAGGUGACCUUGGCCACGAAGGCCACGAUCUACCAUCAAGGAUUGGUCGAGUGGAAGCCGCCGGCCAUAUAUAAGUCAUCCUGCGAGAUCGACGUGGAGUACUUCCCAUUCGACGAGCAGACCUGCGUUCUCAAGUUCGGUUCGUGGACCUAUGACGGCUUCAAGGUCGAUCUAAGACACAUGGACGAAAAAUUGGGGAGCAACGUGGUGGACGUGGGAGUUGACCUAUCCGAAUUCUACAUGUCGGUAGAAUGGGAUAUUUUAGAAGUGCCUGCAGUUCGGAACGAGAAGUUUUACACUUGCUGCGACGAGCCCUACUUGGACAUCACGUUCAACAUCACGAUGAGGAGGAAAACCCUCUUCUACACAGUGAACAUCAUCAUCCCCUGCAUGGGGAUAUCGUUUCUUACGGUUCUCACGUUUUACCUGCCUAGCGACAGCGGCGAAAAGGUAACGCUCUCCAUCUCGAUUCUCAUCAGUCUCCACGUGUUCUUUCUGCUGGUCGUCGAGAUCAUCCCGCCGACGUCGUUGGUUGUGCCGCUGCUUGGAAAGUACCUGAUAUUCGCCAUGAUACUCGUCUCGAUAAGUAUAUGCGUUACCGUGGUCGUUCUCAAUGUUCACUUCCGUUCACCACAAACGCACAGAAUGGCACCCUGGGUGAAGAGGGUUUUCAUACACAUUCUUCCGCGACUCCUAGUCAUGAGGAGGCCUCAAUAUAAAUUUGAAACUAGCAGGUACACUUCCGGCAGAGUGCUAAUGAGGACCGUCAGAGGAAAGGAGAAGACUUGUUAUUAUCCUUAUCAUCCGUCGACUCAGGAAGACAGCGAAGAACACCUCACACCCAAGAGAUUCCACAGCCGUCCUCCGUCAAAGGAAGAUCUCUCGCCUUCCAGCCUUACAGACGGUGCGAGGUUCGGAGGCAGCUGCUUGAUUCAUGGCCCCCCUUUACCACCGUUACCGUUACACACCGAGUGUGAGGAUCUCUCGGUCUCCGGGGACGCGGGCAUAGAGGAAGUCAAGAGUCCCGCGUUACGAAGCCCACCCGUCUUCUCGCACUCCCGUUGUCCACCGGAAGUGCACAGGUCCUGCAUCUGCGUGCGCUUCAUCGCGGAACACACCAAAAUGCUCGAAGACUCGACUAAGGUAAAGGAGGACUGGAAGUACGUGGCGAUGGUGCUCGACCGCCUGUUCCUCUGGAUCUUCACUCUGGCAGUUCUGGUGGGUACCGCGGGCAUCAUCCUGCAAGCGCCCACCCUUUACGACGAUCGGGUGCCUAUCGACAAGAAGUUCAGCGAAUUCGCGACCACGACGGUGGUGAAGUGUCCGCCCCAGUAGUCCAUGCCCGAGCCCUGCACCGUAGAGAAAGACUAAGGGCCAGACGUCCCGGGCCUAGUCUUUAGGAGUGUCCGCAAGUUCCACCUCCUUAUCCUCAAUGACGAAAUUACGGCAAAAGGGCUCCGAUUUUUGCGAAGAGAGUGAUCGAAAGUAUACGAUCGACGGUUUUAAAGACGACGAGUGGGAUGCUAAGCUCCUUUGAAAGAAGAAAACCGAAGGAGCGAAAUAAACAUCGUCUGUUUGGAGAGACAGUGUCGAUCGAAGGGUGAGAAAGAAGACGAUGUAUACGUUAGAAAAUCCUGAAACGAGAAAACUCGGGGCGAGAAAACUCGUUGCUCGAACAAAUUACACUCGGUGUCUCCCAAAAGGGCGCGUCGCUCGCGUAAUAGACGUGAGAUUCGCAGGAAGAUCUACGUACACCUACCAUAGUCUGCUCAAAUAAAUCGUAAUACGAAGCUGCCACUAUUUAAUCGGGUAAUACAUCAGGCUAACGGACAUUAUGGUGUAAACACUGUAUAGUAUAAUUUUAGUCGCCUCGGGAACGGGGACUGAACGUCGACGAUCGAGCUUCCGAUCUCCGCCCGUCGUUCGUCGAAACGUGUACGAACGGGCGCUGAGUUAUCGUUCGAAUAGGGCGCGGAAUAGUAAAAGCUCGACGUGAACUAGGGCUAACGCGAAAAAUUAAUUAAUGUCAUAUUUCAGUCUACGUUGUAGAUUUAUAAUCUAGAACGAGACAGCCGAUACAAAGAUAGCUUUGACUGUUGAUGACAUCGCGAUGCGGUUGCAUUGCUGCAGCAUCUUGCGCGCACGUUUUACAAUGAAGAACGCCUUAAUGUGAGCAAAGGUUUUUUUCUUUCUCAACGUUUUUUACAUUAAACGCAUUGUAUAUCAAUAAUUCCGUAGCUUGUUGCAGCGUGCGCAAUUUACUGAAGCUUGGGGCUUGCGAGCUUCUGCAUUACAAUAAAAUGCGAAUGAGAGGCUGCAGUACCAUCGCAAUACGAUGGCAGCAAUCUGUACGCGAAUAAUACUUCGCCUCGAACGACGAAAGUUGCGUUUUGUGAGCGUUUUGCCCUUUGCAACGCGAGCCGGGAGUCGCUCGCAUUAUGCGAAUUAAUUAGGUAAUCAGCGCGUAGCUAGCUCGUCGUACACAGACCUUAGGGCGUAAUCUUACUCGACGUGUAUAACCAGUUGAUAAUUUUAGAAACUUAACCAUUUAUACGAGUAUAUAAUAUGUAUAAUAUAUAUUUAAGAGCGACGGACGAGCCGAUAGCGCGUCGGUAACGCAAAGUCCUAUUCAAUUAAAUACUAUCUCAAAAAUAAUCAACUAAUUUUCCUUUUUGAUAAUCUUUCCUACUAUCAAUUACUAUACUUCCAUAGUUAAACUUUCUGCGAGCUUCGUAUCUGUCACUUAAUUCUCUCGCUUUCUUCUUGAUCUCUUUCCCUUUUCCCUUUUCCGAUAAGCGAUGUAAAUAACUUUAUUUAUACGUCAAGUUAUAUUAUCGUUUCCUCUUCUCUUUGCUGUUCUUUACGCGAAGAAGAGAACGUAUAUCUAAGCGUUCGCCGACGCAUCUCGCGUUACCUCGUCCAAAUAAAAAUAUAUUGUAUUUUGUAAUGAAAAGUGAAACGCGUGAGAGUAUGAUAAAGAAUAACCGAUAGUACGGUAAGAACAAGUAAAGCAUACGAAUUCUAAAGCUGAUAGUUGUAGGGAAUUGAACAACCAUUGACGCCGUUGUUCAAUACCGUAGUUUGUGGUCGUUGUCACUGUGAGUCGUCAUUUUGUUAUAUUUUGUCCUUUUUUUCGUUUUCUUUUAUAGACACAGUUAACGCGUCAUGUAUGAUACUUGUCAUUUGUGGUCAGACGAUUCGUCUGUCGCAAAUCGCCCGUGCGGACUGUUACUCGCGAGAAACGUAAAUCAACGUCGGAGAAUCUUGAAUCCUCUUCUUACCUAAAUUAUCGAUUUGUCGCGUAUUCAGGAAAUUCAGAGAUGGAACUUUUUCUGUGAUAAUUCAAUACGAUUUUAUAUGUAAUUCACGCUCCAGAAUUGAUGAAAAUACUGAGUAACGUGUUAUUCGUUUACAUAGAACAAUAUUGAAUCUUUCAUUAACUCGAGAACGGGUGUCUGGGUUUUUUUUCCAUAAAUGGUCACCUAAGGUAAUUUUUACAUUCCAAUUAAAAGUCAUUAUUAUUAUAAUUACAUAAUGCAUAUUUUUGAUUGUUUUAUAAUUUAUUAGUAUUCAAGGACAAUAUGUACAUAUAGAUUUACUCAACACUUUCUGAAAAAAGUAAGGAAAAAUGAACAAAAAAAUAUUUAAAGAACAAAAGAAGCACAUUAAAAUUACCAUGAGUUUUAUUUUUUACUGGGGUGUAAAAAUCACCCCAGGCGCCCGUUCCCGGGUUAAUUUAAGCUCAAGAAGCUUAAUCGACCAAUUAUUCCCUUGAAACAAAUACCCGGUUUUAUCCGGUACCAACAUUUACAUGCAUGUAAAAAAAGCACAAAAGAAUUGACUUUCCCUUUCGAUGAAACAAGAGGAUUCACCGAUUUUGCCGAUAGCCUUUUAAGUCGACGAUCGAUACUUGCGUCGAUGUACCCGAUUCUUCGACGUCUUUUAGGACUCUUAUUAUUGUUAGUCAUAACUAACAAGUAAUAAUUUUCGCGCAUUUUAGAUAUAAUAUUGUAGUACGAUGAACUGUAAAUAUAAAUAUAUAUAAUAUAUAUAUAUUUAUUACUAUUACGGCGAGGGGAGAAAAUAAAGAUUCCCCAUUACUACUGCCAUUAAAACGCAACGCCGAUACUUUAAGAGCGUUUUUGCACCAUCAUUCGAAUGGCCAUCGAUCGUUUAAGGAAAGAACAAUUUCCGGCAUACGAUCGCUUCUUUCAUUCGUCAAUCAAUCGAGGGACGGAUCAGCGAGAAGGUGGAAUUUUACGCAAAAUAAUUUCUACUCGAGACUCGAGCAAAUAUGUUUCUUCCUGACUGACCACGCAGCGAUCGGCACCGAUCGCGAUCUAUGCCGAAUAUUGUGAACGUGAUCGCUACUCGAUUGAAAAUCGUCCAGUGAACGCCGAAGCGUUAGACUCGAAGGAAAUAAAGAGGCGUGCAUUUAGUAUCGUAGUACACUCAAGGAAUUAUUCUCCUAGCGAGAGAGAAAAAGCGAAAGAAAUCUACUCCGCACUAGAUCGUUAGGAAAACAACGCACACAUUUUCUAUGAUAGAGCUAUAUAUUUACUUGUUAUAAAAUGACACCGCGAUUGGUAAUAUUCGCGUCGACGACGAUUUUAUAGCGAAAAUGGCAUUUAAACCCUAAUUAAUGCGGUGAAACAAAUAUGUCAGUGUUCUAAUUUUAACAUUAUAGCUUCCGAUGAACUGAAAAAAAUAAGGAAGUCAGUUUUAGCCUAUAGCUCCUUGUUUCAUCGAAAUUUAAUUAUCACGUAUUUAUUGCGACAGCGAUAAAACAGUAACGCCAUUUGAAUUUAAAUUGAUUAAAUUAUGACACUUAACUAUAAAUUUAUUUAACUAUAGUAAUUAAAGAUUGAGAUAAUAGUAAAGACAAUUCCAUUUUUCAGAAUACAGAGUAUUACAAAAUUAAAAUUUUUUUAUUUAAGUAAAUUUUGAUUAAA